GGGGGUCAGUGCGUUUGCUCUCUCAUAUCUUCAUGUGCCGCGGGCCCGGGCGGGGAGGUGAAAGGUUCCAAACAACAAUGGGCGAAGUUAGCGGGGCCUGGCUCUCCGUCAUUUGGCGAGCCUGCAACUUUUUAAUGUCUUUAUUCUUCGCUCUCGCAACGUAUGUCCAGAUCAAUGAUCCUGACGCAGGGGUGUGGAUGGUUGCUUACGGUAUCCCUGCGGUCCUUUGCGCAUGCGUCGGUUUGACACCCCACCUGACAGAGACUUUGCCCUGGAGGCGCGUGGCCGAUCUCCACGUGCUGAUUUCCAGCGCGGUUGUUGCCAUGAUGGGACGGAGACUCCACAGAGAGACCGUGUCAGAGAUCUUCCAGCUGGAGGAGGGCAGAGAAUUUUCUGGUCUCGUGCUGACGGCUGGAUGGCUUCUCCUGUGUCGACACUCUGGAAGAGCUCCGGUCGGGAUUCUCAGAGUCUCGACAGCUGUUGCCAUCACCGUGUUCCCCUUUGUGGCCUGGCUUUACUACCACAUCCACAAGGAGCUCCGAUCUAACUGGCCUUCACAUUGUCAAAAUGCUAUUUAGACCCCUUUUUACUUUUUUGGUGGAUUAAACAUUACUUCUGUUGCUGCUUUUCAUUGAAUACCAACACGAGCCAACCAGGUGGUGUUUCUUAAUGAAGGAUUUAAAAAGGAAUUCUUCCAAUGUUUACCUACUAGUUGUAAUUUAGUAAGUGCCAUUAAUUUUGUUUAUUACAUUUUGUAUAACAAAGUAUUUUAUAACCAUAAUGCAUUUUCUGGUCUUGAAGUCAGGAACAUUAUCUUUUGUAAAAUGAACUUAAAUCUAUAAAUAUUUUGAAUAAAAAAACCAAGUGAAAU